ACCACAUUAAAUCGUAGAGGGCAUGUUUGACUUUUUGUACAAUCGGUGCAUUAAUUCCUGUGACACAUAUUAUUAUAAGAAUUUCCUUUCUGACUUAAUUCUUGCAGUUAACAUUUUGUAUAAAAUAAAUACUUAUAAUAAAAUGUUUUUAUAAUUGUAUUUAAGAAGAUUCAGAUACAAAAAAUGGCUUUAGCGCACGCUGAUUCUACAAAUCAUAUAUCAAAAUUUGAUUGUAUUGUGGAAAAACUAGUUAUAUUGACAAAAAAGAAGAUUGAUGAAAUAAAGUUGAUCAACAAUUACCUCUGUGAUCUUAAUAAUCUUGAUUAUCGAUAUUUAACAGGUUUGAAUAAUGAUGCAAUACAGUUGCUGAUUAAACAAUUGUGCUUUAUUACACCCAUAGAAACAGAUUUGAUUCAAAAUUUUUGUAAACUAUUAAUUAAUAUAACUCAAAACAAUAUUGAACUUCAGGAACAAACAUUUUUAUACGCCAGGAAAUGGAUUGUAGAAAUAUGUAAAUCUGCCUUACCAAUUACACAUAAUAAUAUAAUUUUGGCUCUAAAAAAUUUAUUAACAAAUAAACAAUUUGAUAAUAUUAAUCAUUAUUUGAAAUUAUUAAUUGAAGAUAAUCAGUUAUUAAAAAGAUAUUUGAAUCCAUCUAAUACACAAUGGUCUGAAAUUCAUUACAAUGCAAUUAGUUGCUUAGAAGGAGUUUUAAUGAGUUGUAAUAGUAUUUUCAUAGCAGAAGAACUGAUAUAUAUCAUUAAAAAUAUUGCACUAGAUAUUGUUUCUUCUUCCUUAUGUUUAAAUGACAAUAAAUACUACUAUACCAAAGUAUUAUAUUCAUGCUUACAUAUUCUGCAAAUAAUAACAGUUAAUGCAGUAUUACCACAUACCAUUGACUUCAUGGGUGAAAUUUUAGGAGUGGUACAAUCAUUUUUAUUUUAUGGUCUUAAAGACUAUCCUCCUAUAAAACCACAACUUCUUCGUCCAGCAGUAAUGAACCUUCCAGAGCGAAUUCAUACAAUUCCUAAGUGUAAAAAUUUGAAGAAUCACAAGGCAAAAGUAAGAAAACAACCUAUUAAGAAGGUUGCUACUGAAGUAAAAAAUAACAUUGUACCAGAAUGUAAAGGAAUUGGUUUUUAUUCAAGUGAUUCAGAUACCUCAGAUACUGAAAACAAUAAUUCUAUUUUUAUGGACUCUAAAGUAAGACUAGAAUCUGUACGAUUACUGCAGGCACUUAUUGAAAAUUCAUCAAGUCGUGAAAUAUUUGGAUUUUGGCCUCAAAUUGUUGCCACAGGAACACGAAAUGAUGCUAGAGUAUUGACUAGAAGCGUUUUAAAAGAAUCUGUAUCUAAAGUGAAACAACAUAUGCUAAGCACACUAACAGAAUUAUUGAUAGAUGCUAAACCUUUUUUAAUGCACGCAGAAGAUGUUCAUCAUACGUCUUUUAUUACCUUUUUUGGUACAGUCUGUUUAAUGAUAAAAGAAUUGCAUUUUACAUUAUCUUUGAUCCUAAAUGGUGAAACAAACGUAGCUGUUUUAACCCAUGGCUUAAAAUGCGCUGCUGCUUUAGUUCAAGGUACACCAUAUACGCGUUUGAAAGCAGGACUCGCUACAAAGUUAAUGAGAAAUUGUAGGCCAUAUAUAUUUCACAAAGAUCCAACAGUUCGUGUUGCUGCACUGUCAGUUUUUGAAGCUGUUGCUUCUUGUGAUCCAGUAACUCCAGAAAUAUUUGAAAUACUUGCAAAACAAUCUACUAUAAACGUAGGAUCAGAUCAACUAUCUUUAAAUGUUUCACUUAGUGACAAUACAAAAGAAGAUGAAGAAGGAGAAGAAGAAAUAGAUGUUGAAGAUCUCAAAAAUAAUUUGAUAAAUGAAUACAACAAUAAAUUAUUCAGAGAAACAAAUAUCUGUUUUCUAAUUCAUGUUUGUUUAGAAAACAUAUCAAAUAAGACAAUGAGUACACCUGUUCGUCUACAAUCGUUAAAAUUAAUUGGUAGAAUGGCAUUUAGUACUAGAAGUCUUGUGUUUCCACAUACAGACUUAAUUACUAUGACUUUAAUAGGAGUCAUACAAGAUUCUGAAAUACAAGUAAUCUUACAUGCUUGUCGUGCUCUAGAAAUUAUGGCUGGUUGUUUUAUGAACACUGAUUCAGAGGAUAAAAAUGCUGCAAUAUUUUGGAAUAUUAUAUUUGAUCCUAUGACAUCACUUCUUCAACAUCCACAAACAAUAAUAAGAGAAGCUGCAUGUGAUUGUUUAGGCAGCAUUAACUCUACUAUAUUUGCUCAAUUUCAAAGACAAAAAGCAUUAUUAAUUAUUACAAUACUGUUUGGUGCAAUACAUGAUAAAGAAAGUGCAGUAAGAGCUGCUGGAUUACGAGCAUUAGGAAUGUUAGUCACAUUGCCAGCACUGAAGGAAGAAACUGGAUUUUUAAUGGAUUUAGCUGAUAUAGUUUGUUUAACUGCUGAUGAUGAAAAUCUAGGUGUUCGUAUCAAGGGAGCUUGGGCGUUAGCUAAUUUGUGUAAUUGUCUUACUAAAGAAAAAAAUUACGAAGAAGUAGAACCUAUUCCUUUUGAAGUGUUAUUGCCAAAAAUUUAUCAAGUCAGCAUUAAAGCAUCUAAAGAUAAUGAUAAAGUAAAAUGCAAUGCUGUUCGAGCUCUUGGAAGUAUACUAUACUUAUGUCCGAAUAAAGAUAUACUGAAGGACACAUCAUCAGGUUUAGAAGCUCUUAUAAAUUGUGCUACUAUAGGAAACGAUAUGAAGGUUCGUUGGAAUGCAUGUCAUGCUCUAGGAUUAGUUCUAAGCAAUGAUCCAAACAGUAUAUUACAAUCUUCCUGGCGGGAUCAAGUGUUUCCUGCAUUAUGUAACUUAAUUUGCAACAGCCCGAAUUUCAAAGUGCGUACUAACGCAGCGUGGGCGUUAUAUUCUUGCAAUUCAUAUGGAAAAUAUAUUGUAACUUUAUGGAAGAGUCUUAUCUUAGCAUUUGAAAAUUCUCAGCAUGUACCGAGUUAUAUUGAAUAUCCUCACCGUGAUGCUCUUAUUCAACAGUUGUGCCUUACUCUUAGCCAUAUAGCUGCAUGUACAGAGAUGUCAGAUUUACAGAAUCUUUGGACAGAGAUAAGCGAACAUGUAGAUGAUAUUUCUAACUAUGUAAAGCAGUUUCAGGAAAUUAUUAUUCCUGAAAAAAUGGGAGAUUUAAUAAAGGCAAAAUCUCAAUUAGAAAAAUAUGUGAAAAAUGCUUCGUUAUUAGAAGAACGAAAAAUUGCCCAAACCUUAGCAAGUAUUUUUGAAAGAACUAAAAGAUAUGACAAUUUAGAUGGUAUUGCUUUUAUUACUAAAAAGUAAUAAAUAAAUUAUGUAUUAAUUAUAUGUAUCUAUGUACAUCUAACAUUUGAAAUUAUAACAAUUUGCAUA